AUGGUAGAAACAUUCAAUGAUGUAUCAGAGGGGUUCAUGAGGUGGUUGGUGGAAUCUGGAGUGGAAAUUUCUCCUAAGGUCAAACUGGUGGAUUUCCGCGAACAAGGUCAAAAUCGAUGCCUCAUCGCUGGUGAUAAAAUAUGUAAAGAUGAAACUCUUUUUACUUUACCGACGUCUCUUUUGCUUAAUGUUGAGAACAGCGCAUUGGUUCAGAAAUCGGAGUCGAUUAGGCUGUCUUUGCUCACUGAAAUUGGCCACUGGGAGGGUUUAAUUAUAUGCCUAUUUUAUGAGAGCCAUGUAUUGAAGGAGAAAUCUAAAUGGUGGCCAUAUUUGAGGGUAUUUCCCGAUCCUUCCCAUAUGGAUAAUCUUAUGUAUUGGGAGGAUGAGGAACUUGCGAAACUGAAGCCCUCUUUGGUGUUAUCGCGAGUCGGGAAGGAUUCUGCGAGAGAGAUGUAUCACAGGACAUUGGACUAUGUUAGUGAAUGGGGUGUUGAUGAGUUAACUAAGAUGUCAUGGGAUUCUUUUGUGCACGUUGCGUCUAUAAUUAUGGCUUAUUCAUUUGAUUAUAGGCUACCCAAGGAUACUGAUGAUGAUGACGAAGAAGAUGAAAGUGAUGAUGAGAUAGAGGAAGGCGGUACAGUUGAGUCGGAUGGCCUCAUCAAAAGCAUGGUGGCCCUUGCUGAUAUGUUGAAUUCGGAUACGAAUUUAGUGAACGCAAAUUUGAUAUAUGCGGAUGACGUUCUAAAAAUGGUUGCCGUCAAAGAUAUUGAGCCCCACGAACAGAUUUACAACAUAUACGGUGAAUAUCCUAACGCAGAGAUUUUAAGGCGUUACGGGUAUGUUGAAUGGACAGGUUCUAAAUACGAUUAUGCGGAAAUAGAACAAGAAACUAUUAUUAAAAAAGUAUCGGAUCACUUAGACGUUACAACUUCUUUUCUUCAAGGCGUUGUUGAGAUAUUAUCCAGCCAUGACAAUUGGAUCGAAGAGCUUUUCGACUUUGAGGACGUGAUGCUUGAGAUUUAUGAUUGUUAUGUCGAUGGUACGGUAACUCCUCAAAGUGUGUUUCUGCUCCAGUUAUUAUGUACAAUAGCUCAAAUUCCUGGAAUUAUGGAAUUAUCGAAGGAUAGUCUUAACGUGCAAGUACGAAAAAUGUCUAAAAAGAUACUUCAGUUAUUGGAAGGCGGUCGUAUCACUAAAAAUACUGCUAGAAUAUGGGAGCAUAUAAUUGACAGCAAAUUGAAAAAUUAUCCAACAAGUGCGUUUCUAGAUUAUCCAGUUAAUGGCACCAAUCUCAGCGAUGACGUUUCUAUGCGAAGAAAGCGCAUGGCUGAAUGCGUCUUAAGGUGCGAGGUGAGGUCAUUUCAAAACUGCGUGAAAGCCCUAGAAAGAUCCUACAAGAUCAUUGAGGAUGAAAAGCUGUUAAAGAAUGUACUCAAGAGGAAAAUAGAGGAUCUGGAACAAAAAACAGUUAAGAAGGUGAAAAGGGAUACAUUACAACAGUGA